CCAGGACUCUGGACAAAUUUAAACCCAGUUAUAGUGACCUAGUUAUUUUGAUAUUAUAAUCUUCCUGAGGAAGGAAGUUUAACCUUGUUAAGACUGGCAAAAAUUGGUCCGAACAAGAAUAGAUAGACAAAUCACACACCAAGGCUGGACUGGCAAUGACUGGUAUGAAUCCAUACAGUCUAUGAGCACUCACUCAUGCAACAAUUAAAAUUGCACGUGUGUUUUGAUCUGGCAAGUCUUCAUCAGUCAGACUCAGAACACAGCGUCCUGUGGUGGACAUUAAGGAGGAGUGUACCCAAGAAGCUGGGUAGUUGGUUAUUAAUCUAGAAAAGGGAAGCUGAUCAUCAAGAUCAGCCAGAAAUUUUCCAAGAUCAUUGUUAGAGCUGUCAUUUUUAGCAUUUGCAAUUUUUGUUUUGUGUGUGUGUUUGGGCUUGUUUACUCCCUGUUGGGAGUUGAAGUGUCACGUCCUACAGACAAAAUUAUAGUAGUUGGAUUUUUGCACCGUAAGGGGAGCUGAAAUAGUCUGGGAGAAUCUCUCUACCCUCUCUCACAUGCUGAUCCAUGAUGUGCCCAUCUGCAGGAACAGUUGUUUUGAUAUGUUGGAGUGAAGCUGUUUUUGCCACACUAUUGUCAAGAGAGCUCAGAAAAGUGGAGGAAAUAAAUUAACACUCCCAAGGAGAAUGACAUCUGCAAUGAAAGACCUAGUCAAAGUGAUGGCACCUGUUACAGUAGUGACCACUACCAUGUGUGAAGAACAAUGAAAACUCCUCGAACGCUUUGAUGUAUCUGAUGAAGACACGGCACUCAUCUCUGAGAUGAAGAAGGUGUUUCACAGUGACUGUGAGAAGCGGUACACACACCUCCAUGAACUCCUCCAGGUGUCAUCUGCUCUGGACCCUUGCUUUCAAACACUCCGCUUCUUUAGUGACCAUGAUGCCGAGAAGAUCUUCACAAGUCUGUCAGCUGAAGCUGCAGCCAGCAGCCAGGCAGGACAAGCUGUAUUUAUACGAUCACAAGGAAGCAGAGAGUACCAACAAUCAAGGACAUCCAGUUCAGACAGCUCCAUUGCAGACCGAUCCUGCUCAGAGGGAUGGUGCACAUGGAGAUCAAGACAACAGCACAAGUUCUCCCUGGACUCUUGGUGAGCAAAAUGGUGUCCACACGCUUCAGGUGAUGCACGGCUGUGAGUGGGACGAUGAGACUGGAGAGGUCAGCGGUCAUUAUCGGCUUGGUUAUGAUGGAGAAGACUUCACAGCAUUGGACCUGAAGACUUUGACAUGGAUUGCUGAGAAUCAACUGGCUAACAUCACCAAACACCAGUGGGACAAUGAUGAAGGUCGUAACAAAUAUCUGCGGUACUACCUGAAGACCCAGUGUCCUGAGCAGCUGAAGAAGCUUCUGCACUACGGGAACAGCUCCCUCCUCAGAACAGAGCUUCCAUCAGUGUCUCUCCUCCAGAAGACUCCGUCCUCUCCCAUCGUCUGCCACGCUACGGGCUUCUACCCUCCACGAGCCAUUCUGUUCUGGACCAAAGACGGAGAGGAGCUUCUCGAUGAUGUUGAUAUUGGAGAGGUCCUACCCAACCCAGAUGGUACCUUCCAGAUGAGGACUGAGCUGAAACUACGAGACCCGUCUGAAGCCUGGGAGAGGUUCACCUGUGUGUUCUACCUUGCUGGCGUUGUGGAAGCCUUGCACACCAGCCUGGACAAAGAGGCCAUUUUGACCAAGAGGAAGAAAGACCAGACCAUCCCCAUCGCUGUCUCAGUGGCUGCUCUUGUUCUGCUCGUCGCUGCUGCUGCUGUUAUUGGAGUGGUCAUGAGGAGAAGAGCAGGCAAAAGUACAGAAACUGUCACCAACAUCUCUGAGGGCCAUACGCUGGCACUGAAUCCACUGACUGAAGAUCCUGCACACGGUGAGUCACUGAGGAACAUUCUUAAAGAGACCAGAGAAGAAAAACUGCUUUGACUCUCCUGUUAGUGAAGAAGAGAGUGCAGGCAGGGUGGAGUACCUGGAGGAGUGUUUGAGUGACUUAUUAUUACUUAUUGCAUGACCUAAGUACAGUAGGAAUUCUGGCUCUCACAGACCUGUUAGUUCUUCUAUAAGAAACCCUCCUGUUCACGACUCAUCACCUGUAUCACCUGUUUACACCUUCAAUGACCACACACUCCAUCAAACAAACUCCAAAGGUGGGUGGUGGCUGGGUCUCCCAGCAUGAAAAUGACCCAGAACUCACAGCCAGGGCAACUGAGAAGGGUCUCUGUAGAAAACUGGAGCUCAUGUCUACACUUGAAAGAGUUGAAUCAACUGAACUGACUAUAGUGGACUGGAACAGACUCGUGUCAGACAGAUGUGAACAGGCCUGAACACUGGUUCCAACAGACUCUCAUGAAUUCUAACAUCUUCUCUCAGGACCUCACUGAACUCAUGUCUUCAUUUCAAUGACUGAACUCAUGAGGACUUCUAUCUAAUGGUGAUAUUCAACAAGAAGACCAUUUUAGUUUGACUGAAACAAAGUCAGAGAUGAUUCAGUGAGGAUUUCUCUUUUCACUCAAAUCCAUCUUCUCUUCACUUUCUGCAUGAACGCGUGUCGCAGGGAAAGAAGAGUGGAGAUGAAUUUCUUCUAUCACCAGGAUUGUGUUGCUGGAGUUAUCAACUGUUAAUGUCACGAGUGUUGUUGAAUGAACAAGGUUUUUGGUUUUCUGAUCUUAGGCACAAACAAUGUUGGGACUAAUCCACACCCGGAUACCGAUCCAGGUGUGGGAUUCCUAUUGUGGAUAUAUUGUCAUUAUUUUUCUUUUUUAGCUGUAAAAGACCAGGGAAAUAUUGUAGUGGCGUUGAACUACUACUGUUCUAAUGUCUACUAAUGUAAUGUCAAAUGUCUAAAGUACUAAUGUACUAAUGGCGAGGUAUGUUGUGGAAGACAUGGUACCUAUCGCAACUGUGGAGUUGUCACUGCAGUUCAUGUUUCCAGUUGUUAUAGUUGCUGUUGAGAUGAUCAUCAGCAUCGGUGUUGCACUAUUGUUUGUUCCUGCUACCAACAAGUGUUCUGUAAAAAGAUUUGAUUUUUUUGCACUGCUAAAAGUAUAGUUUCUAAUGUAAAUGAUAACAAUAAAUAUGCCCAUCAAAAGUUUCAAUGUUGUCAUUCAUUCACUUGCACUCUCACUGCCAUUGCACCUGAGUGGCGACUCUGUAAUAGGAUUGCGCUUGAAGUGACUUAGAGCUUAUAGAUGAUAGUGAGAGCCUUUAUCACCUGACUGUCUAGUUCUGCAGGCCACACAAAUGUCCAUAAUGGGGCAGAUUCUGACCCAAUGUUGCUGGUUCCCCACACAGCCCGAUGACCGUGACUGUUCUAAGAUGAUUAUGCUUGAGCUCUGCUGUAAAAUACACUUUAAAAAAGUUACUUUCUCCAGUAACUAGUUACUUUGAAAGUAAUGAGUAACUUGAAGUAACAAAGUUACUUUUGAACAAGGUAAAUGAAAUGGACUUAAUAUAUGAUUAACAAUUAUUAUAACAAAUCACA